AUGGAGAGGUAUAAGAAUUGUGCCAGAAGUAUUCAAGCAUACUGGAGAUCAUACAGAGACAGACGGCUCUUCAAACAGCUUGUGAAUACAGUGCGCUCAGCUGAACAUUGUCUGGCACCAGCCAUUCUGCGACAGCUCAGUCCAAGAGAAGCUGAACUGCUUAAAGACCCCAGUCUAAAGUGCAAGCUCAAAUUCAGGUUUGCAGGCCCUCGGUUUCCACCUUCACUUGUGUUCAAGAUAUUCCACACUGGCAGUGGAGGACAUUAUCUCUCUGGCAAAACACUCUUUGCUCCCUCCAACCAGGCCACAGCAGACACCUGCAGAAUGAUGGGGAACAGGACAUUUCUGGAGCUCAUUACAGAAGAUGAGAUUCACAGGCAGAACAAAAUGAUCACUGAACCACAAGAUGUGAUAUGCAUGAGAGACUAUAUGCAGUAUUCCAGUCACCUGGACGAGCUUCCGGCAUGUCUCGGUGGCAGGGGAAAUGGUUGGAGGUUUCUGUCUUUGAAGGUGCUGUCUCGGGAGGGUGUUGUAGGUCAGCUGAAGAAGGUGCUGCCAUUUGGACACGUUGCGGUCUCUCGUUUUCCCAGACAACAGCUGUCUCACAGCAUUACCCGCUCUUCUGAUGGAUCAUCACCAGUGGGUUCGAUCACCUCGAGACGGUGCUCUGCCCGCGCUCAAAGCACUGCAGCUCGCAAGAGACGCCUCUACAUCCUGGACAAGGCUGAGAGAUUCCAGGUGUCGGAAGAGAAGCAGGUGGACAACAUUAAUAACUCCAACACAAAUAAACAGAACAGAAUUGCUGAGAAAUGGGACAUCCAGAUAGUUGUACCAUCAGUUGAGACUGAAGACUGCGGUGACAGCUCAUCUGACUCUGAAUGGGAGGAAGAGGCUGAGAAACUGUGCAACUGGUCAAAACAACUAGAUAUAGAUGCUGUAGAUGCACCUGAGUUGUAUGGAGAACUGAUAUUUUAGACUAGUAGAGGCCUUGAUUCAAGUUUGCAAAUUCAAUAAAUA